GAGUAUGGCGGACGCCUUCGGAGACGAUCUGUUCAGCGUGUUUGACGAGGAACAGACAAGUUCUAGUAAAAAAGCGGCCCCGAAGAUUGUGCAGACUGCGCCUCAGGCUGGAAAAUCAGGGGGCAAACAUGUGAAAGAGAAGGCAGACUCUCCAUCUUUGAAACGUGAGACAGAUGCCGACUGCUCAGAGGAGGUGGUGGGUAGUAAGAGAGCCAAGAUGGGGACCAUGUCUGCAGAGGAGAUAAAUCUUGCAGACCUGAUGCCCAGAGUCAGGGUGGAGCAGGUGGAGACUGUGGAGGGCUGCACUCACGAGGUGGCCAUACCUGCUGAUGAGGAGUACACACAACUGAAACCACGAGUUGGAAAAGCUGCCAAGGAAUAUCCCUUUAUUCUCGAUCCCUUCCAGAGAGAGGCCAUUUUAUGCCUCGACAACAACCAGUCGGUUCUGGUGUCUGCUCACACCUCAGCAGGGAAAACUGUGUGUGCUGAGUAUGCCAUCGCUCUUGCUCUGAGAGAGAAGCAGCGUGUGAUCUUCACCAGCCCCAUCAAGGCUCUGAGUAAUCAGAAGUAUCGGGAGAUGUAUGAGGAGUUCCAGGACGUGGGCCUGAUGACCGGAGACGUCACCAUCAACCCCACGGCCUCCUGCCUGGUCAUGACCACUGAGAUCUUGAGGAGUAUGCUGUACCGGGGGUCAGAGGUCAUGCGGGAGGUCGCCUGGGUUGUCUUUGAUGAGAUUCACUACAUGAGGGACUCAGAGCGAGGUGUGGUGUGGGAGGAGACCAUCAUCCUGCUUCCUGAUAAUGUUCACUAUGUCUUCCUGUCGGCCACCAUCCCCAACGCCCGCCAGUUCGCAGAGUGGAUCUGCCACCUGCACAAACAGCCCUGCCAUGUUGUGUACACGGACUACCGCCCCACUCCUCUGCAGCACUACGUGUUUCCAGCAGGGGGCGAUGGACUUCACCUGGUCGUGGAUGAGAACGGUGAAUUUAGGGAGGAUAACUUCAACACAGCCAUGCAGGUGUUGCGGGAUGCAGGAGACCAGGGUUCGAGCAGUGGAGGCGGAUCCAAAUGGGACCCCAAAGGCAGGAGAGGAGGAACUAGGGGUCCAUCCAAUGUGUUCAAGAUUGUGAAGAUGAUCAUGGAGAGGAACUUCCAGCCCGUCAUCAUCUUCAGCUUCAGCAAGAAGGAGUGCGAAGCGUACGCUCUGCAGGUGUCCAAGCUGGACUUCAACACAGAUGAAGAGAAGAAACUGGUGGAGGAAGUUUUCAGUAAUGCCAUUGACUGUCUGUCAGACGAAGACAAGAAACUGCCACAGGUGGAGCAUGUCCUCCCACUGUUGAAACGAGGCAUUGGGAUCCACCAUGGAGGACUUCUGCCCAUCCUCAAGGAGACCAUCGAGAUUCUCUUCUCCGAGGGCCUCCUCAAGGCACUGUUCGCCACGGAAACGUUUGCCAUGGGCAUCAACAUGCCUGCCCGGACCGUACUCUUCACCAGCGCCCGCAAGUUUGACGGCAAAGACUUCCGCUGGAUCAGCUCAGGAGAAUACAUCCAGAUGUCCGGCCGUGCCGGCAGACGAGGAAUGGACGAGAGAGGAAUCGUUAUCUUCAUGGUGGACGAGAAGAUGAGCCCAGCGGUGGGGAAGCAGCUCAUUAAGGGUUCUGCUGACCCUUUGAACAGUGCCUUCCAUCUUACCUACAACAUGGUCCUGAACUUGCUGCGUGUGGAGGAGAUUAACCCAGAGUACAUGUUGGAGAAGUCCUUCUACCAGUUCCAGCACUACCGGACCGUUCCCAGCGUCCUGGAGAAGAUGAAGAAUCUCGAGGAGAUGUAUAAUGCUACAGAGAUCCCCAAUGAGGACAACGUGGUGACCUACUAUAAGAUCCGACAGCAGCUGGCCAAACUGGCCAAAGAACUGGAGGACUACAUGCACAAGCCCAAGUACUGUCUACCUUUCCUACAGCCCGGCAGGCUAGUGAAGGUUAAAAAGGAGGAGUUGGAUUUUGGAUGGGGAGUGGUGGUGAACUUCUCCAAGAAAUCCAAUGUGAAGGCUGGUAGCAGUGAGCUGGCCCCUCUGUAUGUGGUGGAGGUUCUGUUACACUGCAGUAAGGAGAGUGUGAAGAACGCUGCUACAGAGGCAGCCAAGCCUGCCACUCCUGGAGAGAGAGGAGAGAUGCAGGUGGUGCCUGUCCUGUUGAACCUCCUCACCUCCAUCAGCUCCGUCAGGCUCUACAUCCCCAAAGACCUGCGACCCUACGACAACCGACAGAGCAUGCUCAAAUCCAUACAGGAGGUUCAGAAGCGCUUCCCGGACGGCCUCCCUCUGCUCGACCCAGUGGAUGACAUGGGCAUUAAAGACCCUGGACUUAAGAAGGUUAUUCAGAAGGUGGAGGCCUUUGAACAUAGGAUGUACACCCACCCUCUGCACACUGACCCCAACCUGGAGACCCUCUACACCCUGUGUGAGAAGAAAGCACUGAUCGCGGCUGACAUUAAGGCGGUGAAACGCGACCUGAGGAAGGCGCGUACUGUGCUGCAGAUGGACGAGCUCAAGUGUCGCAAGCGUGUGUUGCGACGUCUCGGCUUUGCCACCGCCGGCGACGUCAUCGAGAUGAAGGGCCGCGUGGCCUGUGAGAUCAGCAGCGCAGACGAGUUGUUGCUGACAGAGAUGAUGUUUAAUGGACUUUUCAACGAUCUGACAGCGGAGCAAGCCACGGCUCUCCUGAGCUGUUUUGUAUUCCAGGAAAAUGCUAGCGAGAUGCCUAAACUAACAGAGCAGUUAGCUGGGCCACUUCGUCAAAUGCAAGAAUGUGCCAAACGCAUCGGGAAGGUGUCGGCCGAGGCCAAGCUGGAGGUGGACGAGGAGAACUAUCUGAACCAGUUUCGCCCCCACCUGAUGGACGUGGUGUACACCUGGGCAAAUGGCGCUUCCUUCUCUCAAAUCUGCAAGAUGACUGAUGUCUUUGAAGGCAGUAUUAUUCGAUGUAUGCGGCGUUUGGAAGAGCUCCUCAGACAGAUGUGUCAAGCAGCCAAGGCCAUCGGAAACACGGAGCUGGAGAAUAAGUUUGCUCUCGGAAUAACGAAAAUCAAGAGGGACAUCGUGUUUGCUGCCAGUCUUUACCUGUGACGGGUUCCUCUGCUGCCUCUCACCUGUAGUCUCGUUUCUCCAGUUCUCUCCUUUUGUCCCUUUUUGACCAUAACACACACCAAGUAACAUAAAACUUGUUUUAUUUGUGUUCAAUUUAAGAAUAAUGUUCUUUUGUCUUUCAGAAACAGGUUUUUUUUUUGUACAUACAGUUUUAACAUAAUUUUAAUUAAAAAGAAAGGUCCAUAUAGUGA